UUUAAUGUUGACAUUUUGCUAUAUUUGGUAAUUUCUGUGUUCUUGAAAUGAAAGGUUGGGUCUUUAAUGUUGACAUUUUGCAAUUUUGGUAAUUUUGGAAGAUGGGGUGUUUGAUUUUAUAUGUGUUUUGUUGCUGGAAAAAUUGAAAGUGGUGGUUUGAUUUGUGAUAUGAAGCAUGUUUGAAGUUUGAUCUUUGCAAUGUUGUUUUCAUCUGAUUGGGUACUUGGGGUUUUCGGUUCAAGACCAUAGAGAGCCAACAUAAUCCGCACAGUAUUAUAGCCUGUAGGUGGAAUUGAACAGUAGCCGCUGAUCAGCAAUAUCUUCCAGCAAGUAUAUAUGGCUCCAGGUGGUGGUGUUUGCAAAGAAGUUGUUGACUCCCACAACAAGUAUGUGAAGUAUGAUGUUGUAACAGCAAAGGCAGAGAAAAGUAAUACUCCUGCGAAGACUGGCAUUGGAUUGGGUGAUAAGCAUGGAAUGCCUUCAACCAAUGGCGUGCACGAGCUGCUUGAAUGUGCUGUCUGUACGAGUUUAAUGUAUCCUCCCAUAUAUCAGUGCCCAAAUGGCCACACACUAUGCUCAGACUGCAAAAUCAGAGUGCACAAUUGUUGUCCAACUUGCCGCCUUGAACUUGGAAAUAUUAGGUGUUUGGCUUUGGAGAAAGUAGCUGAAUCAUUGGAGCUCCCCUGCAGAUACCGAAGUCUUGGUUGUGAUGAUAUUUUUCCGUACUACAGCAAACUCAAGCAUGAACAACACUGUCGAUUUCGUCCUUACAGUUGUCCUUAUGCUGGAUCUGAGUGCUCUAUCUCCAGUGACAUUCCGACCCUUGUUACCCAUCUCAAAGAUGAUCACAAUGUUGACAUGCAUGAUGGAUGUACAUUCAAUCAUCGCUAUGUUAAAGCAAAUCCUCACGAAGUGGAAAAUGCUACCUGGAUGCUAACUGUCUUCAAUUGCUAUGGAAGACAGUUUUGCUUGCAUUUUGAAGCUUUCCAGCUAGGUAUGGCACCUGUUUACAUAUCUUUCUUGAGAUUUAUGGGAGAAGAUAGCGAGGCCAAAAAGUUUAGCUAUUCUCUGGAAGUUGGUGGGUAUGGGCGGAAGUUAACAUGGCAAGGGGUUCCGAGGAGUAUUCGUGACAGUCAUCGAAAAGUUCGUGACAGCCUUGAUGGUCUCAUCAUUCCGAGAAAUUUAGCACUCUUUUUUUCUGGUGGGGACAGGGAAGAGCUUAAGUUAAGGGUCACCGGGCGCAUAUGGAAAGAGCAGUAAAAGUCUUCUAUUUGUAUAGUUUCUGUCCUUGUGGCUCCCCAAGACAUGCUGAAACGCCUUAUUAGGGUCAUGCUUUUUGUGCAUACAUGGUGCAUGUGACUCGGGUCUAGGAUUAAAACGCCCAUAUCCUCCGGGCUCUUAUUCAAAUUCAGUCGAUUAAUGUUCUUGUCAUUGAGCUUUGAUGAUCUAGAGAAAGUUACAACUGGAACUGUGGAAGCCAAUGUAGGUUACAUCGAAUAUUUAUAUUAAUGUUUUUGGUUGAGAAAAACAUCAUUUCUCUAGUGAAAAUUCCUGUGUUUCUAUUUA